UUCCCUAUAGACUCCUCUCCGCCGCCCCGUACAAUUCUUUCCUCUUUCGCCUCUUUCUGUGCUUUAUAGUCUGCCACCGCGUCACCGGCGACGCCUCAAUCCCGCCGCCUCCGCCGCCUCCCCCGGCCCCUACUCCUCUCACGCGCCUCGCCGCCAUCGCCGUUCCCGUUCUUUCUCGUCCCGGCUCCCUGUCUCCACCCCGUCCGCGACCUUCGGCCAUUGCUUUUUUGAGGAUUUGAGGAUUUUCCUAUAUAUCAAUUUCUGGUUUGGGUGUGAUCGUUCUAUGAGAUAGAAGAAAGGGCAGACUGAAGUAGAAUUUGAGCUCUGGUGGAUCUAAAGGAAAAGUGGCAUGAGAAGAAGUUCGGAAAUUUCCAUGAAAGCUUCAUCAUCCAUGGCAAGUGAGGCAUCAAGGAAUACUGACCCUGGCCAACAGGGUGUCCGUUACAAUUCCAUGGACCUGUCUUAUUUUGCAAGACCUGGCCAAUCAAUCCCUAGCUGUCCUCCAUUCUUUGCUCCUCAGUCUUCCAGUUUUUGUGUUCCUGAUGACAGUGGAGCUAAAGUGGGCAAUCCGUUUGAAUCGGAUCCUUCACUGAACACUCCUAUAUCAGAUUGGGAUCCUCAGGCAAUUCUGAGCAACCUAACCUUCCUUGAGCAGAAGAUCAAGCAGGUUAAAGAUAUUGUGCAGUCCAUGAGUAAUCUAGGGAGCCCAGUUGUUGGUGGUUCUUGCGAGCUUGCAGCAAAGCAGCAGCUCGUCACUGCUGAUCUCACUUCCAUCAUAAUUCAGCUUAUCUCAACAGCUGGCUCUAUGCUUCCUUCCAUGAAGAGCCCUCUCCUUAGCAGCAAUCCAGCGGUCAGGCAACUCAACACUUAUGGUUCUCCCAUGGGCUUUGGCUCAGUUGGGAAUCAGCGGCCAAGCACAAACAGGGAGGUGACAGUUCCUGACAUGACCAAGACCUCUGAUUACGAAGAGCUGAUGAGUACCAUUACUACAACUCAUGAUGAGAAGGAUGAUCUGAUCAAAUGCCCAAAUCCUUGUGGCGGGGAAGGGUCUGAACCUAUUCCAAUGGAAGACCAUGAUGUGAAGGAGAGCGAUGAUGGUGGUGAGGCAGAGAAUCUCCCCCCUGGUUCUUACGUGGUCUUGCAAUUGGAGAAAGAGGAGAUUUUAGCACCACACACUCAUUUCUGUGUGAUAUGUGGCAAGGGUUUCAAGAGAGAUGCUAACCUACGGAUGCACAUGAGGGGCCAUGGAGACGAGUACAAGACUCCUGCAGCUCUUGCUAAACCCAUGAGAGAUUCUGGCUUGGAUCAUACACCAGUUACAAGGUACUCUUGCCCAUUUGUCGGUUGCAAGCGGAACAAAGAGCACAGGAAGUUCCAGCCUCUCAAGACAAUCUUGUGUGUGAAGAACCACUACAAGAGAAGCCACUGCGACAAGAGCUAUACCUGCAGCCGAUGCAACACCAAGAAGUUCUCGGUCAUUGCAGACUUGAAGACUCACGAGAAGCACUGCGGGCGCGACAAGUGGCUCUGCUCAUGCGGAACGACCUUCUCAAGAAAGGACAAGCUGUUUGGGCAUGUUGCGCUUUUCCAAGGCCACACACCUGCUCUUCACAUGGAUGAUAUCAAAGCAACAGGAGCUUCGGAGCAGCCUCAGGGUAGCGAGGCUGUGAUGGAUGACAUGGUAGGGAGCGCAGGGUAUAACUUCCCUGGGAGCACAUCCGACGGUAUCCAGAAUCUCGACAUGAAAGUUGCUGAAGAUACGCGUGGCUAUUUCUCGCCAUUGAACUUUGAUCCGUGCUUCGGCGCGCUCGAUGACUUCACUCGCCCUGGAUUCGACAUCUCCGAGGAUCCGUUCUCUUUCCUGCCCUCGGGACCAGGGUCAUGUAGCUUUGGGCAGCCUAGUGGAGAAAGCUGAUGAAGGUCGUCACUGUCGGCGACAAUUGCUUUGUCGGUCAUUGUGUGUGAUGUUAUGAUGCUGGCCUAGUUCUCCCUCUAUUCAGGGAGCCAUUUUGGCCCAUGCAUGUUCCUUAAGUGUACUUUUAUGUUGUGGUCAUCAAUAAUGGUAACGAACUUCCCUAUA